AUGGCAUCCGCACUCACCGAGGAAAACAUCCAGGAACUCAAGCAUCGGCUUGAGGAAGCGGCCAUCAAAUGCUCCGAGCGCUGUCUCUACCAGUCCGCCAAAUGGGCGGCCGAAAUGCUGGACUCCCUCCUCCCAAUUGAACAAUACGACACCGACCCGGAAUCCCCAAUGAACGUCAACGAUAGUCCUCUGAACCCUCCGAAUCCUCCGAAUCCUUACCUCCAGACACAAGAUCCGCUCGAAGCGAAACUCGAGUACCAAGAGUUGCACAAGUACCUCCUGGCCAAGUCCUACUUCGACACGCGCGAGUACGACCGCUGCGCCGCAGUGUUCCUGCCUCCCACCAUCUCCCCCGUUCCGCUCUCCACUAGUUCCCCCAACCCGCGAACGCGACAACCGUUGACGCCGCAGAAGGGCAAACACAAGGCCGCUUCAUACGCUGGUGUUAAAGAUGGCAAUACCCUUCGGAAUCCAUACCCCGUCAUCAGUCAACGGUCACUGUUUCUCGCCCUAUACGCCAAGUACCUGGCCGGGGAGAAGCGGAAAGAUGAGGAGACGGAAAUGGUCCUGGGGCCAGCCGACAGUGGCACGACGGUCAACCGGGAGUUACCGGAUCUAGCUCGGGGCCUGGAAGGAUGGUUCGUGGACCGACAGGAGAAAGGCUUGGAGGAACACAACCAGGGUUGGCUCGAGUACCUCUACGGAGUGAUCCUGCUCAAGGGACGGAACGAAGACGAGGCAAAACGGUGGCUGAUCCGCAGCGUCCACCUGAACCCGUUCAACUGGGGCGCGUGGCAGGAGCUGAACGAUCUGCUGGCCAGUGUCGAAGAUUUGAAGCAUGUCGUCGAACAUCUACCCCAGAACCUCAUAUCGCUCAUUUUCCACGUGCACUGCAGUCAAGAGCUGUACCAAGCGACGGAUGAGACCUACCAGACCUUGUCGGAGCUCGAGGCCAUCUUUCCCACCAGCGCAUUCCUCAAGACCCAGCGGGCCCUCCUCUACUACCACUCCAAGGACUUCGAAGAUGCCUGCGACAUAUUCACAGAAAUCAUGACCACCUCUCCCCACCGCCUCGACAGUCUCGACCACUACUCAAACAUCCUCUACGUAAUGGGCUGGCGGCCCCGACUCGCCUUCGUCGCGCAAGUCGCAACCGCAACCGACAAAUUCCGCCCCGAAACCUGCUGCGUCGUAGGCAACUACUACUCCCUCAAAUCCGAGCACGAAAAAGCAGUCAUGUACUUCCGACGCGCACUGACCCUCGACCGCAACUUCCUAUCCGCAUGGACACUCAUGGGCCACGAGUACAUCGAAAUGAAGAACACACACGCCGCCAUCGAAUCCUACCGCCGCGCAGUAGACGUCAAUCGCAAAGACUACCGCGCCUGGUACGGCCUCGGCCAAGCCUACGAAGUCCUCGACAUGUCCUUCUACGCACUCUUCUACUACCAACGCGCCGCGGCCCUACGACCCUACGACCCCAAAAUGUGGCAAGCCGUCGGAUCCUGCUACGCGAAGAUGAACCGCCUCGACCAGAGCAUCAAAGCGCUGAAGCGAGCCCUCGUCGCAGGGUCAUACUCCGCCGACGACGACAACGCCUCCGGACCGCCCCACAAAAUCCUCGACCCAGAGACGCUGCACCAGAUCGCGACGCUCUACGAGCGCACCGGUAGCGAGGAGGAAGCCGCUGCGUACAUGGAGCUCACCCUGCAGCAAGAAUCCGGCGCAACCGUCGAAGAAGACGACGCGAACUCGUCAUCCUCCUCCGACGAUGAAGAUGAAGAUGGUAGCCAGAAACCCCGCCGCAGACGUCGCGUCUCUGACGACGCUGAAGGCGACUCCUGGCAUGGCACUGGCGUCACGGCUACGACGUCCAAGGCUAGGCUGUGGCUUGCGCGGUGGUCGCUGCGGAAUGGGGAUCUCGAGCGCGCGGAUCAGCUCGCUGGGGAGCUGUGUCAGGAUGGAGUGGAGGUGGAGGAAGCGAAGGCGUUGAUGAGAGAUGUGAGGGCGCGGAGAGAGGGUGAGGAGUGAGCUACUUAUCUACUGUAUACUCGGGCUAUAUGCAUAUCCUAUUUGUUUGAUGCGUUUUCUUUGUUUGUUUGUUGUCGAUAGCGAGGCGUUCUGUCUGUUCCUAUGGGAAAGGAGGGAUCAUGCGAGGACAGGAUGAGUAUCCAUC